AUGGACUUCCUCAAACGCGCCUACGGCAUGCUGCCGGACAUGCUCCGGAGCUCACGGGGCCCUCCGGAGCAGACCGUUCUGAGCAUCAAGACGGCAGCGACGCUUCUCUGCGCCACUUGUUCCUUACAGUCAAGCUCGGGAGCGUCAGAGCUCCCAUAUUACGGUCUCAGCCCGCCCGUCUACCCUUCGCCGGUUGGCAAUGGCUCCACCAAUAUCCGCUGGGCCCAAGCCCGCAACCACGCACGGGAUAUGGUGUCGCAGAUGACGGUGGAGGAGAAAGCCAACAUCACUCGGGGCUGGCCCGGCGCUUGCGUGGGCAACACAGGCGAGGUGCCACGUCUGAGCAUCCCCGCCCUGUGCUUCGCCGACGGGCCCUCGGGGAUUCGCGGGCAGGAAUUUGUGUCGGCGUUCCCCGCCGGCAUCCACGUGGCAGCUACCUUUGACCGGCAUCUCAUGUACCAGUAUGGCCGGGCACUCGGCAGCGAGUUCUACGGCAAGGGGAUCAACGUCGCCCUGGGUCCAGUGGCCGGUCCCCUGGGCCGUGUUGUCAAGGGCGGCCGGAACUGGGAGGGUCUGAGCAGCGACCCCUACCUCGCCGGCGCCGGCAUGGGCGCCAUUACCCGCGGUAUUCAAGACGCCGGCGUGAUUGCCACGCCAAAGCACUGGUUGCUGAAUGAGCAAGAGUAUCGCCGCAGAUGGACACCCGUCAGUGAGGCCAUCAGCGCCAAUGUUGACGAUAGGACUCUGCAUGAGCUGUACGCCUUCCCGUUCAUGGACGCCCUGCGAGAGGGUGCCGGGGCAGUGAUGUGUAGUUACCAGCGGGCCAACCACUCAUAUGCCUGCCAGAACUCCAAGUUGCUGAACGGCAUUCUCAAGACGGAGCUAGGCUUCGAGGGCUUCGUCGUCAGUGACUGGGACGGACAGACAUCCGGGGUCGCUUCGGCUAAUGCAGGCCUGGACCUCGCCAUGCCCAACGCCGGCUUCUGGGGGGACAAGCUGGUCGAGGCGGUGCACAAUGGCUCGGUGAGCGAAGAGCGCAUCAGCGACAUGGCAACUCGCAUCCUUGCGUCAUGGUACUACCUUCGCCAGGAGAACGGCUAUCCGCCGCCGGCCAUCUACAACAAUACAGAAAAGCAUUUCCCUGUCGACGUCCAGGCAGACCACGCUAGAUUGAUUGAGGAGAUUGGCGCUGCAGGAACAGUUGUGGUCAAGAACCUCGACCAUGCUCUGCCGUUCGAGAAACCAAAGUUCCUCUGUAUAUAUGGCUACGACGCAACGCUGAAGGCCAACCCGUGGCAAAACCGCGAUCGGUACGGCGGAGGCUACGAGGACAACUUUGGCUGGAUCACGCUCAACGGCACGCUUAUCACGGGGGGUGGCUCAGGCGGGAGCUCUCCCCCAUAUGUUGUCUCCCCUUUCCAAGCCCUGCAGGAACGUGUCGCCAGGGAUCGGGGCAUUCUGCGCUGGGACUUCUACUCGGACAACCCCACCCCCUAUCUCAACGCCGACGCCUGCCUGGUGUUUGUAAACGCUUACGCCUCAGAGAGCUUCGACCGCACCAGCCUGACGGACGAGUUCAGCGACCGGUUGGUCCUAAACGUCGCUUCCUGGUGUACCAAUACCAUCGUGGUAGUCCAUUCGGCCGGAAUCCGCCUCGUAGACGAAUGGAUCACCCACCCCAACGUAACCGCGGCCCUCUUCGCCGGCCUGCCAGGCCAAGAAUCGGGCCACGCCCUGACCUCGAUUCUCUACGGGGACGUCAACCCCACCGGCCGGCUCCCCUACACCGUGGCCAAGUCCGAGUCGGACUACGGCGACCUCCUCAACCCGUCCGUCUCCGACGAUCCCUUCCCCGAAGCCAACCUCACCGAGGGCCUCUCCAUCGACUACCGCCACUUUGACCUGCACAACCUCACGCCGCGCUUCGAAUUCGGCUUCGGCUUGUCCUACACGUCAUUUGCGUAUGCCGACCUGUCCACCGCCAUCGUCCCCGGCGCAAAUCUCGCCGAGUUCCCCGACCGGCGGAAGAACACGCCCGUCGUCCAGGGUGGGCACCCCGCCCUGUGGGAAGUCGUUGCUGUCGUCAGGUGCACCGUGACCAACACGGGGCUCGUCGAGGGUGCUGAGAUUGCCCAGCUCUACAUCGGCGUGCCCGGGGCGGGGCAGGAUUCGCCCGUGAGGCAGCUCAGAGGGUUUGUGAAGGUGGGGCCGCUCGUUCCCGGCCAGGGGAGGGAGGCGGUGUUUGAGUUGACGAGGCGGGACUUGAGUGUGUGGGAUGUCGUGGCGCAGGACUGGCGGCUGAGGAGGGGGGCGUAUGAGGUUUGGGUUGGGGCGAGUAGUCGGGAUUUGAGGGUGAGCGGCAGGGUGGUGCUGGUUGAUUGA